AUGUGGAUAUUUCUGUUUGUGUCAUUCCUGGAGAUUGUCACUGGGGCAGAUUGGUGUUACCAGUCCCAAGUGUCUUGCAAUCACAGCUGUUUAGGGCCUGACCGGUGGGGGAUAAUUUUUCCUCAGUGUAACAGCAGAUUGCAAUCACCCGUCAACAUCGUGACCAGGAAAGUACUACCGGACCAAAGGCUCGCACCACUGCACUUUCUCAGAUACAGACACGCUUUUCACGGAAACCUCUCCAACAAUGGUCAUACAGUGCAACUGGAUUUACCUCCCGGUAUGAAAAUCAAAGGAGGGAAUCUGUCCACAACAUACACCGCACUUCAACUCCACUUCCACUGGGGCAAAGAUGGGGGCCCUGGCUCUGAGCACACAAUAGAUGGCGAAUCGUAUCCGAUGGAAAUGCACAUUGUGCACAUCAAGGAACAAUACGUUUCAUUGUCACAGGCUUUAAGUGAUCCAGAAGGCGUGGCGGUUCUUGGCAUCUUCUUCCAGGAGUCAAAUUCAGCCAACAAAAAGUUUGAACCGCUCAUAAAAGCUCUGAAGAGAAUCCCACGACCGUCCAACAAAACAACAGUGCGGGGCAUCUCCCUGCAAAUGUUUCUUCCUCCACCCACCGACAUGAGAGAUUAUUUCCGCUACCUCGGAUCCCUCACCACACCUGACUGUGCCCAAUCUGUUCUUUGGACCCUUUUUGAAAAUACCGUACCCCUCAGUAGGCAACAGCUGUCCGCCUUCUCCCAGCUUCGCUUCCCCGGCGGGAGGCCGAUGGUGAAUACCUUCCGAGCCGUGCAGCCCCUGAACGCAAGGCAGGUGUAUCGCUCCGGAUCCCGCAUCGCCUCUUCACUCAGCCCUGCGCUCGUCAUCUCAUCUGUGCUUAUGUUGUACUCCGUGUGA